AAAUAUAUUCCAAUAAUUAAUUAACCAUCAAUUAUGAAGGUCAAUUGACAAAUAUACCCUUAUUUUUGUUCGGAAGGAGUCUUCUGACUUUAGCUUGUGCCGUUGACUGAGAGACAGUGAUACCAAAACUGAACCGAACCAUGUCCGCCGAGACGGAUGCUGUACUCGUCACCCUCCAUGAAACCCUAGCUUCCUGCUCCAAGUUGAUUGAAGCGGGUGAUUACAGACAUUCCGAUCAAUCAAUUGCGGAGCUUGCGGAUUUCCUUGAAUCAAUCUCCGAAUCUCUAAUCGCAGCAGAAUCUGAGAAUGGAGAUUCUGGAAAUGCGGCUGUUGAAAUUCUCACUCAAAUCCAUGAAUACGUGGCCUCGCCGGCGCUCAAUCAGGAAAUUGUUGAUGCUUUAGCGUUUGUUUUGCCCAUGGCCGCGGCGAGAUUUGGCUGUGCGUCUACAAGGUCUUUGGAGCUCGCUGGGAAUGUGGUUGAUAUUUUUGUGGAGAGAUGUAAUCCACGUGAUAUGUUUUCAGUUCUAUGCGAGGUAAUUUUUUCGUCCAUAGCUGUCCCAUACCCAUCUUUUAACUCCCAGGCAAUAAGUUCUCCGAGCGAUCUUUUCGUGAUUCCGGGCUAUUUCAUACCUCUUCUUAGUGGGCUCAGGAAAGUUCUCGUUUUAAUUCGGACCCGGCAUUAUAAGCAAGUAAAGGUUGCAGUUCCGGUUAUUCUUAAUGUUCUAAAGGAAAUGUCUUCUAAGUCGUAUGAUGAAGAUACGGACUGGGAGAAGUUGUUCCACAAUGCAACUGGAGUGGCCUACUCUAUCAGAGCAAUCUGUGUAAAAUUGGAAGGAGAAGACAAGAAGAAACUCCAUGCUUUAUUAGGCCUAUAUGUCUUGCAGAUCAUGGACUUCGUACUUGAUGUGCAGGCUCUAGUUUCAGUUGUAAUGGCAAGUACGAGAUGUCUUCCUGUGGUGCUAGAGUUGUCUGACCUCCUUCAACAAUGUGAAUUGUCGUAUAUUGGUUUGCUAACAGGAUGUGAGGUUGAUAUGAUUUCUGAACUAGUUCUUGGAGAUGAUAGUGAAGAUGGUAUAGAUUGUUUUUCGCAAGUCAGGCUUGGAGCUGCAGUUGCAGUAAUUUGGGGUUACAAAGCUACGGAAGUUGCUAUUGCUGCCAAAGCUGAUUUGACCACUGUCAUAGUGGAACUUCAAGGUAACUGCACUAGAAGAUGGGAAGCCUUAGCAAUGUUGAAGCACAUUUUCUCAGAUACCAAUCUUUCAUUCGAAUUAAAGGAGCAUGGUAUCAAAUUCCUUCUGUGCAUUAUGGAUGGGAUUACAUCACACUCAUACACUGAUCAUGUAGACUACUCAGUGUAUUUUGCAACUCUGUAUACCGGUUUGCAGGCUAUUGAGAUGGUUAUCAUGUAUGCUUCAGAUUCUAUACUAAGGAAGAACGCAUUUAGCGCAUUCAAAAAGGUGCUUGCAGACAUUCCAGCUUCUGUCAGAUUUGAUGUCUUGAGUGCUUUGAUAAAGAAUAGUGACUCUUCUUCGAUGGUUGCAAUACUUCUAGGUUGCUUCAAAGAAGAAAUGCUCAGAGAAAAAAAUGAAAGAAAUUCAUCAAAAGAUGCUGUCCUGAACAGUGAAGUUAGUCAAUCUACACCGUUUUGGAAUCCAUGUGUGCUUGAAUUGCUGGAGGAAUUUCUCAGGCCUCCAGAAGAUGGACCUCCAUAUCUUCCCGAGUACAGCGAUGCAGUUUUAUCGGCCCUUAAUCUCUACAGAUUUAUUUUGAUUACGGAGUCAACCGAUAAUUCUAACCGUACUGGAAUAUUAUCGGAGGAGAAAUUGCACGAGGUGUAUAAAGAAUGUCUUGUACCGCUACAUACAUUAGUGGAAGCAGAAAUCGAAAACGCUAAGAAUGACGAAGAAGAAUCAGGUAUCACAUGUGCUUUGAACCCUGUUGAGUUUGUUCUCGACCGCUGCAUUGAACUUGUCCAACACAAGCUCAAACCAUUAUAAUGCUUUACCUUUUUAUCCUUUGGAACCCUCCUUUGAGAGUUAAGUAUCAGGCAAUCAACCAGACUUCAAAUUUUAUGAAUUAUUAUUUGGUUCAGCAAAUGAAAAGAUUAACAACAAAAUUUUGAUCAUCUGUUUCUUUUCUGCAUUAGAAAUUUUGUGUGUAUUAUUUGGAGAAGAAAGGGCCCACCAAAUAUAUAUGUAAGGACCCAAAUAGACGGCAAACGAGAUGUCGAAGUGUGUUCGAACCUAUAAUACUGCAAUAUUAUACAACUCUUGUAAAUAAGAGCUUUUUUUCCCUUG